UGUUGUAUGGGAAAAAAAUGUAAUCUUGGCUUGUGGGUCUUCCGAAAUCUCGCUUUUUCGUUUGAAUUUUUUUCUUCUUGUGGUGGGUUCCAAGGGCAAGCAGACAACGUAGUUAUAGCUUCUUCUUCAAUCCACAGGUUGACAUUGCAAUUCUCUUGACUAGCACAUGCUGUAGUGUGGAUUGUUUUAGUCGGAGGGAUGGAUGGGAGGCGGCAUUCUGUCGAUGUCCCUUUGUCGAGAACGUUGAUAGCCCUUAGGAGAGUGAGGUCUCUUCGGGAUCCAUCCACAAACUCCAUGAGCAAGUUGAAUGCCUUGGUUGAUAAUGUGAAUUGGGAGGCGUAUUCGAAUGAUGCAAUCACUUUAGGAUUUGAAAAUAGAGCUAGUGAGGGUGAUGAUGAUGAUGGUCUAGGAUUAAGAAGCUCGGCGCUGUAUUAUGGUUCCAGAAAUAGUAAGUUAGGGGCCAUGGUUGGAAAAAAAGAAUCUACACACCGGAGGUCGUUGUGUGAUGAAGGGAUGGAUGCACGUCCACUUGACCUGGCGAUGGCGUGUGAGAGCAAGGCGUUGAGUGAAAGAUACUGUAAGGAUUAUGGUGACAAGUAUUUUGAGUUCACCAGUGCAACACCUUCGGGUGAGGGUGGGGCUUCGUGUAAUGAAGGCGAUGAUGAACUGAGGCAAGUCAAGAAGAGGCAUGGGUUGUGGCGUUCGGAGCUUGAUGGACUGAGCAGUGCAGGGAGCCCAUGCUUGUCUUAUGGUGAAGCUCGAAAGGAACGUGAAGAAGAUGUUGGUUUCAUGGAGUCUUGCCAUCAAGGAUGUGGUAUAAGCAGUUGUUGGUCAAGAGGUCGGAAACUUAGAGGACCUAGUCUUCUUGCUGAUGUCGAAGAACGGCCUCUUUUGUCGGACGAUGCAACGAGAGAGAGCAUCGACUCUAGGCACAACUGUGAAGGAGUUAGUCCAUAUGUGGAAACUCCAAGAAGUCUCUGCCAAAAGUUCAUGCCUAAAACAUUUGGUGAAUUGAUAGGGCAAAACAGAGUGGCUACGUCUCUAUCAGAUGCCGUCUCUAGGAGGCAGAUAGCUUCUCUAUAUCUCUUCCACGGGCCACGAGGAACUGGGAAGACAUCAGCUUCAAGGAUCUUCGCUGCUGCAUUGAAUUGCCUAUGUCCCGAGUCUACAAGACCAUGUGGCAUAUGCAAGGAAUGUGUCUUGUUCUUCUCGGGUAGGAGCAUAGACGCGAAGGAAGUGGACUCAGUGAGAAUCAACAAAACGGAAAGGUGCAGACUGCUAAUGAAGAAUGCUCGGAUCCCUCCUAUUUUAUCACGGUUUAAGGUGUAUAUCAUCGAGGAGUGCCAUCUGUUGCUGCGGGAGACGUGGGCAGCUAUACUGAAUGGGCUUGUGGAGAUUCCUCGACACGUUGUCUUCAUAAUGGUCACUCCAAAUCUUGACAAGCUCCCGCGUUGUGCCUUAACAAAAUCCCAACUAUUCCAUUUCCAGAAGGUGAAGGAAGUUGACAUCACCAGCAAGUUGGGGAAGAUAUGUGUUCAAGAAGCUCUUGAUUUCGACCAGGAUGCUUUGAGCUUCAUAGCAAGUAGAUCAGAUGGUUCGCUGCGUGAUGCAGAGAUGAUGGUCGAUCAGCUGAGCUUGCUCGGGAAGAAAAUAACAGUUUCAUUGGUUCAUGAAGUGAGUGGAGUCGUUUCUGAUGAUGAAUUGCUCGAUUUGCUGUAUCUGGCAAUGUCAUCUGAUGCCUCGAACACGGUUAGAAAGGCCAGAGAGCUUAUGGGGUCGGGGGUAGAUCCGUUGGAGCUUACAUCGCAGCUGGCAAGCCUCAUAAUGGACAUUCUUGCCGGAAAGUGCCCCUCUGAUGGAGUUUCGGAGACGAGAAGGAAGCUUUUCGGAGCAGAUAAUUCUGAAGACGACACGCGCCAGCUCAGCCACGCUCUAAAGAUACUGUCACAAACCGAGAAACAGCUGAGGAUGUCGAACAACCAGAUGACUUGGCUGACUGUGGCUCUUCUCCAGCUGAGCUCUGCAGCUUCAAACGAGGGGAGCGAUCCAAGGCUAAGCACGCGGUCAUUAGUCCCACAAGAUGGUGAUCUCCUGAGCUCGUCUUCAACAAGCGACAGUUUCAAGCGAUCCAUUGGAUGUGCUUGUGUGGAUGCUGAAUCUGCAAACACAAAGUAUGACCGGGAAACUCUGGAUCUGAUCUGGAUACGAGCAGCUGGGAUGUGCGUGACUAACUCUCUCAAGAAGUUCCUCCUCAAACACGGGAACUUGGCCUCUGUCCGUCUGUCCCAAGCAAGGAUUGCCGUGGCAGAGCUCGAGUUUGAUCACCCUGACCACGCAUCUAGGGCUGAGAAAUCAUGGAAGGAGAUUGCUGGUGUGCUUCAAAGUAUACUGGGCUACAAUGUGGAGCUCAGGAUAAACUUGUCUCGCGAUGGCUCGAGCAGGAAGGGGAAGGCGAAGAAGCCGUGCCUAAGCUUGCUCAAUUGCUCACGUAAAGUGCUUUUUAAGGUGAAGAAAUCCAGUAGCAAUGGUUCGAGUAACUCUGGUUCGACUCUCACGACUGUGAGAACGAGGGAUAGGUGCGUGGAGACAUGCUCCACCGAGUGUAGCUCUCAGGUUUCGUGCUCAUGUUGCCGUAAGAAGGAGAUGGUCAAGACCAUCCGGAGUAGUGAGGGCAACGCGUUGAGCAUUGAAGCCGGCGCUCCCAACGCCUCGUUGCCUGAUCAGUCAGGAUGUAAACCACGAUCAAACGAGCACACGAGGUUUCGUUGCUGGAGAACCGCCACAUUUCCUUUUCGAAAGGCAUGGCAGCUACGGCAUCACCACGGCCGCGACGAGCGGCUCGUCGACUACGCCCUACACUGCGCUGCUGCAAAGUGAGUCAUUAGAAAAGGUGGGAACAUCUUGUAGCAAAAACAGCUGAUUUAUGUUACUAGGAAAAAAUCCAUGGACUAAUAUACAACGACUUCUGUAGUUCUGUUAACUUUUCUUUGAAAUCUCAUUCAUAAAAUUUAUAGAAUUCAAUAAUAAUUUAUUAAUGCA